AUGAUUCCAAAUCCAGAGGAAUAUGAUAUUAGUUUUGAAAAUGGGUUUUUACCAAAUGAAUUUCCAUUAGAAUGUUUACCACAAGAAUAUUAUAAACCAUGGGAAAAUAUAGUUAAAAAUUUACCAUCUUUAAUAUUAAUUAAAAGUAUAAGAAAAAUUGUUGAUAAUUUGCCUGAAUUAAGUAUAGAAUAUUUACAAAAUGAAAGAGAAUAUAGAAGAGCUUAUCAAGUUUUAGGAUUUAUUGGACAUGCUUAUAUAUGGGGAACUGAUCAACCUAUUGAAAAAUUACCUAAACAAAUUAGUGAACCAUGGAAACAAAUAUCUAAAUUAUUAGGAUUACCUCCUAUUGGAACUUAUGCAUCAUUAUGUCUUUGGAAUUAUAAACAAAUUGUAGAAAACGAUGAAAAAAGUUUUGAUAUAGAUAAUUUAACUACAAUAAAUACAUUUACAGGGUCUAUUGACGAAAGUUGGUUUUAUUUAGUAAGUGUUUAUUUUGAAAAACAAGGUUCAAUAUCAAUAAAUACUGGAAUAGAAGCAUUGAAAAGUGCUGAAAUAGGAGAUGUUGAAUAUUUAAUUAAAAAUUUACAAAAAUUUGCUGAAUCAAUAGAUUUAUUAGGAAGUACAUUAAUGAGAAUGGAAGAAAUGUGUGAUCCUCAUAUUUUCUAUUUCCGUAUACGACCAUAUUUAGCUGGUUGGAAAAAUAUGUCAAGUAUAGGUUUAGAAAAAGGUGUAUAUUAUGGAGAUGAAUCUACUCCUAGAUCCUAUGCUGGAGGAUCUAAUGCACAAUCUUCAUUAAUACAAUUUUUUGAUAUUAUUUUAGGAGUUAAACAUACAGAAACUGGAGAUUUAUCACAAGAUAAUUCAUUUAUGAAAGAAAUGAGAGAAUAUAUGCCUGAAAAACAUCGUGAAUUUUUAAAUGCAUUAGAUAGGUUUAGUACAAUUGUGCCUGAUUUUGUUAAAAGAGCAAAAAAUGAAGAAUUAACAUUAUCAUAUGAUGCUUGUAUAGCAAUGUUAAAAUCAUUUAGAGAUAAACAUAUACAAAUAGUUACAAGAUAUAUUAUAUUACAAGCUAAAAAAAUAAAUUCUAUGGGAUCAACAACAACUUUAAGAUCAGGUUUAGCAAGAAGGAAAAAAAAUGGAGAAGAAAGAGGUACUGGAGGUACUUCUUUAUUACCAUUUUUAAAACAAUUAAGAGAUGAAACUGGUAAUUCAUAUGCUGGAGUUUGGGGUAGACGUAUUUUGAAUAAUACUAAAUGA